UGUCCGGGCAUAAAGAAGUACCUGGAAGUAACGUACCACUGUGCAGAAGUGAAAAAGAAUAUCACCUUUGGUGGGAGAGGAGAAGGCCCCGGCCAGUUUGACCAUGUGAGUGGGCUUGCCGUGUCCUCGACUAACGAGAUAUUUGUGGCUGACGAGCCCGACUACACAAUCCAGGUCUUCAGCAUGAAGGGGGUUUUCCUUCGCAGUUUCUCCACAGGAAACAUGAAACCACGUGCCGUGUGCAUGGGCCACAACGACACCCUGUGGGUCCUUUUGUACAGUCUCAUCAGCAUACCUUCCACUUACAUGUACGAAAAUGCCAUCCAACAGUACAGCAAAGAGGGCCAUGAACUGGCCAAGUUCCCAUGCAGCGAAACUACAGCAAUCUAUGGGAUUGCCUGGCACAAGCUUUCUGACAGAAUCAUACUGACAGGAAAAGGGCCCAAAAUUGUGUGGUUUAGUCCUACUUAUACACGGACACCAACAUGUACCGGUAACAUGACCAGGCUGCCAGUUCCAGGGUAUAUACCAGCAUAUCUACGAUCUGUUACAGUAAUGAUCCCUUUGGUAGACAUGAAUGGGAUCAUCUAUGUCAUAGACGUGUCAAACUCUUGUAUUCUAAAGUAUGACAAGAACGGAGUCUUGCUGUCCAGUUUUGGCAGCAAAGGUAGUGGAGCAGGGAAUCUUUCUCAGCCCUCGGGAAUCUGUGUGGACAGUUUGGGGCGUGUGAUUGUGGCUGAUACUUGGAACAGCCGGGUGGAGAUGUUCACAGCUGAGGGAGAGCACAUCCGCACCGUAGCUUACAUUAAACUACCCACGCAAGUUGCUACAGGUGGGGAGGGGCAGCUUGUGGUGUCAGAUCAGUAUGGCUUUGUAACCAUCUUUCCCAAAUAUUAGAGCCACACCAACACAUUUCCGGGAUUCUCAGACAUUUUCAAGUACAAAUUCAGCAAAAAGAUGAGGUGCACGUA